AUGUGUCGCCAGCAGCCGCAGUGCAGCUACUGGAACUUCCUCGCAAGUUCCGGCACUUGCUACCUGUACACCAGCGGAAUUUGCGCCGCGAAUAACGGAAUAAGCAACGUCUACUCUCCCAGGGAACCCGAUUCAUAUGUGGGCGGUCGAUGCAGCUGGCACGGGCAGCAGGAGUACAGAUACCAAGCGGAAGCUGUUUCCCCCGCGCGCCCCUACCAGCAGCUACGCCCGACGUCCUCUGCCUCGUCUCCAACGGGCGCCUGCUUCCAUCCCCCGCACUCCCUUCCGCACCCCCCUGUCCGCCUCUCCCCCUGCAGCGUAGAUCGCUCCCCCCGUGCGUCCUUACCAGCAGCUGCGACCAACGUCUUUCUGCCUCGUGUCCGACGCGCGCCUGUUUCCAAAUUCUCCUUCACUCCCUCACUGUUUCCAACCCCCUUCCUCUCCCCUCCCCCGCCCGCGCCCGCCCUGUUUCUUUACAGCGGAGGCCGCUCCCCCCGCGCGCCCCUAGCAGCAGCUGCGCCCAACGUCCUUCUGCCUCCGGAGGUCGCUCCCCCCGCGCGCCCCUAUCAGCAGCUCCGCCCGACGUCAUUCUGCCUCGUAUCCGACACGCGCCUGCACAUCAACAUGCGCCUCACGGGGUACCUCGAUAACAACCGCUCCGAUAUAAUGGCCGCGCUCGUGGCCGGCGCUAAAGUGCGCACCUGGAUUAGAGAGCUUGGAUUUGUAUGGUGGACCAAUCAUCAACGCGGGAGCAAGACGCAGCAUUCCCUUCGGCUGGUCGCGCGGCGCGGCCCGAAGCAGGAGCGCGGCGAGGGGUUCAUGGGGCGAAUCGAGGUGGACGGAAUCGCGGUUCCGCGCCUAGGGUUGGGUGACGAGUUGAGCCUGUUCGACGGAGAAGGAACCGUGACCUACGCACGGCAGGAGAGGAGCGGCAACUAUGACGUGGAUGUGUACUCUGUCAAGCUGGCAGGGCUGCUGGAGGCAGAGGUUCGUCUACGGCCAGCCCACCCCUUGCUGCAGGAAGAGGAGGAUGCCGAGGUGCACCUGAUGCUGGACCUUGGGAGUAUCCGGCACUCUCCCGAAGUGCAUGGCGUGGUGGGGCAGGCAUACAGAGAUGAAGGAUCAAAUCAUGACCUCAACUAUGCCAUCUUGGCGAAUCUCAUGACCCGUGCCCAAUCGGCGCAGGCGCUGCGCAUUUUGAGGGAUAUGCUGGCGGAAGCGGGGCGCAGGGAGGGGGAGGAUACGCGCGGAGGUCUGAAUUUCGGGUUGAAGGGGGCAGAGGAUACGCCAGAGAUAGCAGCAGCAGCAGUAGAGGAGGAGCAGUCGUCUCCCAAGACUGACGAGGGGGAGGUAGAGUUGCCAGUUGCCAUUCCAAGAAUGCAUGUGGGCGUGCCUCUUCCCAUCCAGCCAGGCUCUCUCCUCCCCUCCCUCAAGGUUAAACCCUCUUUGCCACGCAAACCAGUCGUGCCAGCUGUACAGCCAGAGGCAAGGCUGGACGGAUCAGGGUUAAUGGGAGGCCACGUGGCAGGGCUGGAGAGCAAGGGAAUAGAGGCAAGAAGAGUAGGAGGGUCGAAUGAAGGAGAUGAGCAAAUGGGGGAGAGAGGGACUGAGGAAGGGAGUGAGAAAGGGAGUGUGAGCAGGGAAGAGGGGGCAGGGGGAGAAGCAGGGGAAGGGAGGCAUAUAACAGAGGAGGGGAGGGAGCAGAGAGGAGAUGGUGUAACAGGCAUGGUAGCAGCGGGCACAGUGGUCGGUACGGAGACAGCUACGGUGGCAGGUACGGUGGCAGGUACGGUGGCAGGUACGGUGGCAGGGGCGGUGGGAGGCACAGUUACAUACCCAGUGACAGGAAUGGUAGCAGCAGGCACAGUAGCUGAAGGCACACCGGCAGGUGCAGGGGUAAGAAGAGCGGGGCAGGUGAGAGUCGAGGAGGGGAUGAGACGGCCGGAAUGGGUGGGUGAACGAGAAGGGCUGAGGAGGAAGAGAGGGGGAGCAGCAAAAACAGCUGUGACAGGUAGAGUUGCUGCUGUUGGUGGUGGUGGUGGUGCUGCUUUUACUAUCAUUCCGAGAUCAGCUUUCUCAAAAUCUGCUUCCUCCAAAUCGGGCCGUUUCAAAUCGGCUGGUUCAAAAGCAGCAGCAGCAGCAGCGGUUAUGUCUAAAACGGGGAUAUCAGGGGCAGAGAAGCGGGAGCAUAGGAGAACGAGCAAGGCAGAGAGGAGAGCAGCCAGGGAAGCAGCAGCCAACGCAUCAGCACCCACCCGAGCCGAGAUAAUCGAAGUGGGAAAAGCAGGAAUGGCGGUUAAAGACCUAGCGGGUCUUCUAGCGGUCGGCGAGGGGGAUAUAGUGUGCGCACUGUUCAUGAAGGGCGUUAUAACGAACGUGAAUCAGGUUCUUAACGAGGAUAUGGUGGCGGUGGUGUGCGGGGAGUAUGGGGUGGAGGUGCUGGGACCUCAGGAGGGCGGCGUGGAGGAAAGUGCGAGGAAGGUUCGUGAGUUUGUGGGGGAGGAGGAUCGGGAGCAUCUGGUGCCGCGUCCGCCGGUUGUGACUGUGAUGGGACACGUGGACCAUGGCAAGACGUCACUACUAGACUACAUUCGCCACACCAAGGUGGCAGCAGGGGAGGCAGGCGGGAUCACUCAGGCCAUCGGCGCUUACCGCGUGCACGUGCCCUUUGCUGCUCUUGCUGCUGCUGAUAGCAAUUGUGCUGAGGGCGACGGUGUUGUUGGUGAUGCUGAUGCUGCUGCUGCUGCUGAUGCUGCUGAUGCUUCUGCUGCUGCAGCUGAGAGGGCUGCUGCUGAGACUUGUGUUUUUCUUGACACUCCGGGGCAUGAGGCAUUCAGUGCCAUGCGCGCCCGGGGUGCACGUGUGACAGACAUAGCAGUGGUGGUGGUGGCAGCAGACGAUGGGGUCAUGCCCCAGACCACAGAAGCCAUAGCCCAUGCGCGCGCUGCCAACGUGCCCAUGCUUAUCGCAAUCAAUAAGAUUGAUCGGGAGGGAGCGAGUGUGGAGAGGGUGAAGCAGCAGCUGGGGCAAGCAGGGGUGUUGCCAGAGGAAUGGGGAGGGGACACACCUAUGGUGCCGGUGAGUGCCAAGACAGGAGAGGGCGUGGAUCAGCUGCUAGAGACGAUCAUGCUGCUGGCCGAGGUGAGAAACGAAGAGAAAGAUGGUUGGGAGUGGUCGAGAGUGGUGGAGAGUGGUGGGGAGCUGUGGAGAGAGGCUGAGUGCAUUAGUGAGGUGAGCACCCAAGCCGGGGGAGGGCUUGGAUUAGAUUCUAGAGACGAUCAUGCUGCUGGCCAAGAUUCAGCAGUUUCAGGCCAACCUCAGCAGACCGGCAGUGGAAACAAUGAUAGAGGCACGGCUGGACCGGCACACAUUCAGGAGCUGCGUGCGAACCCGAAUAGGCCGGCAGUGGGGACGGUGAUAGAGGCACGGCUGGACCGGCACAGAGGGCCCGUGGCAACGCUGCUGGUGCAGAACGGAACAUUGAAGCUGGGAGAUGUGGUGCUUUGCGGGGAGGCAUAUGGGAAGACUCUGCAGGUGGAGGGUCUAUCCCGAGUGCAGAUCGACGACACGGGAAAGAAGACUAAAGAAGCAGCCCCAUCCACAGCAGUGCAAGUGGAGGGGCUCUCCCGUGUACUGGUGGCUGGCUGGGGACGAGUUCGAGCCCUGGUGAGUGACUGUGGGACCAAGGCUAAAGAAGCACCCCCAUCCAUGGCAGUACAAGUGGAGGGGCUGUCCUGUGUGCCGGUGGCAGGGGACCAGUUCCACGUGCUCCCGUGCAUUGAUGCAGCCGAGGAAAUUGCAUACCUAUCCCCUCCCCUCCCUCUCUUCCAGAUUCGAGCGCUGGUGCGCGACAGUGGGAGCAGAAGACUUUUGAGUCGACUCAAAAGUCAACUCGUCAGUGGGAGCAGAAGACUUUUGAGUCGACUCAAAAGUCUCUUCGAGCGCUGCCAGGGGAAGUUCAUGCCUGCCUAUCACCCUCCCCCUCUCCCUCUCCUGCAGGUUAGAGCCCUGGUGAACGACAGGGGAAGCAAGUCCAAGGAAGCAGGGCCGUCAGCAGCAGUGCAGGUGGAAGGACUCUCUCGCGUUCCCGUGGCAGGGGACCAGUUUCAUGGAACAGCAGCACCCCCAUCCACUGCAGUGCAAGUGGAGGGACUCUCCCGUGUUACAGUGGCAGGGGACGAGUUUCAUGUGCUGCCGUGCAUCGAUGCAGCCAGUAUUGUUCAUGCGCACCUCCCGCUCUCCCCCACUCCACCCAACUCCUCCCCUCUCCUCCAGGUACGAGCCUUGGUAGAUGACAAAGGGAAGAAGACUAAGGCAGCAGGGCCAUCUAUGGCAGUGCAGGUGGAGGGGCUCUCCCGUGUUCCAGUGGCAGGGGAUGAGUUUCACGUGCUGCUGUGCAUUGAUGCAGCCAGGGCCAUGGCUGAGGAAGCUGCUGAAAAAUCGCGAACGGCUCGGCUGGCAGCAAUGCAGGGAGAGGCAAAAGUGACUCUCUCUGCUUUCGCCACUGCUGCUGGCGCUGGUGGUGCUGCUGCGGCUGGUUCUGCUGCUGCUAACGGUGCUGCUGGUGCUGCUGCUGGUGUUGGUAGUACCAGUGCUGCUGGUGCAAGGAGGGGAGGGGGAGAGGAGAUGGAGGAGGAGGAGGAGGUGGAAUUACAUGUGGUUAAUGUGAUUCUAAAGGUGGACUGCCAGGGGUCAGUGGAGGCGAUCAGAGAGGCGUUGGGGAGUCUGCCUCAGGACACCGUGUCACUGCGCUUCCUGCUGCAGGCCCCUGGUGACGUGUCAAGCAGUGACGUUGACCUGGCAGCGUCCAGCUCAGCAGUUGUGCUGGCAUUCAAUGUGGCCGUGUCGCCAGCUGUCGCAGCAGCGGCAGAGAUGAGAGGAGUGCGAGUGAGGCAGCACCGGGUGAUUUACGAUGUGGUGGAGGAGGUUCGGGCGAUCAUGGAGGGGCUGCUUCACACUGUAGAGGAGACUUCGUUCCUCGGCCGGGCAGAAGUGCGGGCAGUUUUCGGCACGGGCAGCAUGCGGGUGGCAGGAGUUAUGGUUACCGAGGGGCGGCUGCAAAAAGGAUGCAGCGUAGUGGUGAGGCGUGGAGGUGGGAAGAAUGGGGUUGCUAUGGCAAUGGUGACUGAACAAGAGAAAGGCAAGAGCAUGAACGGCAAGAGGGCGAAGGCGGGCGAAGGCUUGGGUUCAAGGCAGCAGCACUUGGAGGGUCGCUGGGUGCAUUCAGGGCAGGUGACGUCUCUUCGGCGGGUGAAGGAGCAUGUGGGGGAGGUGAUAUCUGGGCUGGAGUGCGGCGUGGGUGUGGAGGGCUUUAACGGGUGGCAGCAAGGUGACUAUAUCGAAGCCUAUGAGGUGACGCACAGGGCUCGGACGCUGGAGGAUGCAUCCAAAGAAAUCGCACGAGUUGUGGAAGGCAAAAGAGGGACUCUGGGAAUAGAUUUGUCCUAG